GAAAUGGUGUUUAACGGCGACGGGUCAGGUCGGGUCUGACCCCCCGAUGGUGGACGGUAGUCGAUAGGAUGACCGUAACGUUGAACAGAGAAAAACCGGUGCGUUUGAUCGUACGUUAGAUAAGGACACCGGUAUGGUCCCCACCGAGCAAUUGACGUGUCCGAGGAAGUGAUGGAAGGAUGGCACAAUGUGCUUGAAUGUCCCAUAACCGAGCGGGUUCUAUAUUAAACUGGUCCGGUUACGGCUCGUUCGGUUCUCUAUCGUUCACUCACUGGACUGUCCACGGACGGCCGGAUCGGAUCGAUUGCUCCAGGAUAACGCGAUCGAUCAUCAUUACUCUCUUCGUGCCGUCAUCGCGAAACAAUUGCUUGCUCGUCGUGCGAUCCACGGACGAUGCGCCGACCAAGCGGAUCGCGAUCAUCGCCUUGAGACCUCGAACCGAACGAGCCUCCGUGGACCAACAAGUUAACCGGGACUGAAUGCUCGAUCGGCCGUCGAAGAAGCAGAACCAGGACUCGACGUACUCCUGGCGAUCGAACUGGCUGGAUCGGAAGUGGAUCGCCAAGUGCGCGCGCGAGUUGUAGACGACUUGGAACGCGCCUUGUUCAGAGGAGUUCGACAUUUUCGAUGAUGCUGAAGGUGACGGUGUUGCUGUUUCUCUAUUUAUUCUGCGACAUCGCAUUGGCAGCUCAAUGCGGGAAAGUAUGGCUGACAGUCUCCUCAUUGUGGAGACCGAUCGCUGCAAGCGACAAGGUGAUCGACGCUGAGCUCGAAGUAAAUUGGGAUCUCGAUUGUUCGUCGAGUACAGGAUACCCAGAUACCAUCAAGGUGUUCACUGCUGACCCAGCACAUAACAAAACGAUCAAACCCAAGCUGAUUCUGACUUCCUUGCAACAUCCGCGUGGGUAUUAUCGAACAAACAUCACGGUUGGCCGACCAACUCUUCCGGGUGGAUGGGACAACAAAGAUGGUGCCACUCUUCCUGGUCCUCAUUGCUUGAAACACCAUGCUGCUCUUUAUAAAGACGGUGUUUUUCUCACCAGCUCUUGUUUACAAAUUUGGCCGACAUGGAUGUACGAUUUGAGGAGACAGCUAGGACGACUUCCAAUAGGAAGUUUAAUGAUUCCGGGAACGCAUAAUUCAGGAUGUUACAAACACGGUGAUCUAACCAGAAGGGAUGCCUUUCAGAAAUACCUGUUGACCCAGGAUCGUGACGUUUGGACGCAAUUAGUUCACGGAAUUAGGUAUUUGGAUAUUAGGGUAGGCUAUUACCCUUCGAUUCCAAAUGAUACCACUAUUGGGGAGAAUAUAAGUAGAUUCUGGAUCAAUCACGAUGUCAUUCGGAUUACCCCUCUGUCAGCGAUCAUCAAAGACGUGAGAAACUUUUUGAAUGUCGCUAGGGGAGAAGUGGUCAUCAUGGACUUUCAUAGAUUUCCUGUGGGAUUCGAAGGUAGACCAAGUAGACAUCGACGACUGGCUAUGAUCCUCUUACAAGAAUUUGAAGACUUGAUCCUGAAGCCUGAUAGAGGGGUCGAAGGUCUGGGUCCAACCUUGAAUGAUAUCUGGACCGGAGGGAAGCGUUUGAUUAUUUGUUAUGGCGACAAACACACUGUGAAUGAAUACGAUUGGCUGUGGCCAACGAUGUCUCAAGCAUGGGGCGAUCAGCAAACGAUAGAAGGUCUUUUCAAGUAUCUAGACGAUGUUAUCAUGGGUCCAAAGAAGACUCGAAACAGUCAGAACCCAUUGUGGGCGGUGAUGGCGGAAUUAACACCGUAUUCGUUAGACAUAAUCUUUAAUUUAUCCGGUGGCCUGCGGCAAAUGGCUGAUUGUGUAAACAGAAACCUCACGUACAAGUUCCAGGAGGAAUGGUGGAAAGGGACGAACAUCGUCGCCACGGAUUUCUUUCUUGGAAAUAAUUUAAUCGACGUGUCGAUACAAGCGAAUAUCAAGAAAAGCAAUAUCGCCCAGUGGCGCUUGUAACUUGACAGUAAAUUCGUAAAUAUUCUACGAAGGUUUAAAUUUAAUUAGAUGCUGCUUCGAUGACGAGAAAAGAAGCGAAAUUGUUGGACUACUUUUUGAACUCUAUCAAAUGUUUAAAUAUCAUUUGGCUCUGUAAUUUGUCAUAAUUGCAGCAGGAAGUUUGUUAAAUUUAAUGAAGCUCUAAUUGAAAUAUGUAAUUCAGAAAUGGACUGUUUCGUUUCAUUAUUUUACAACAGUAAUUUUGUUUAAAUUUCCAGAGGGUAGAAAUGUUUAGAGUUGCAGAGGGCAAUUUUCGAAGCAAAUUACAAAUUUUCAGUGAAGUGAAUUUGAAUGGUGAUCAAGAAUGGUAAUUGAUAUAAAAAAAUUGAAUGCACGCUCAAGAAUAAUAUUGUGUAAAUUAAAAACUUCUAAGCGAAGGUAUCAAUACAUGUACCCAUAAGAAAUA